AUGGAGCCUAGGGAGCGCAGAGGCUUGGGGCAGCCGGGCUGCAAGGAGGCCGCGGCGCGGGGGGCGAGUGGAACCGGCGGCAGCGGCGCUGGGUCGGAAGGCGCAGCGGCGAGGCGGAAGAACCGGCGGGAUCACCGGCCAGGGGUCUCCGCACUGGAAUUUGAUAUUCAUUUUUCCAGGGUUUACCCUCCUCUUUUUUUCUUCAGCAAUUUUAAAAUCCACAUUCUUUCCCGUUUUAAUUUAUUUUUUGCUUCCCAUUCCCCGCUAAAAUCGGGCCGACCGUUUGGGGAGAUCGCUCCUUUACUUCCCCCAAUCACUUCGGAUUUUGGAAACCUGCAGAGAGAAGAAAGAGGUAGCAAGAGCUCCAGAAGAGAAGUAGAGGAAGAGAGAGAGAGACGGGGUCAGAGAGCGCGCGCGGGCGAAGCGAGCAACGACAGGGACAGGGUCAAAGUGAGUGACCUGCUUUUGGGGGUGACCGCCAGAGCGCGGCGUGAGCCCUCCCCCUCGGGAUCCCGCAUCGGACCAGCAGCGCUGACGGACAGACAGACAGACACCGCCCCCCGCCCCAACUCCCACCUCCUCCCCGGCGGGCGGCCGAGGGUGGACGCGGCGACGAGCCGCGGGCAAGAGCCGGAGCCCGCGCCUGGAGGCGGGGUGGAGGGGGUCGGAGCUCGCGGCGUUGCAGUGAAACUUUUCGUCCAACUUCUGGGUUGUUCCCGCUCCGGAGGAGCCGUGGUCCGCGCCGGGGCAGCCGAGCCGAGCGGAACCAGGAGAAGUGCUAGCUCGGGCCGGGAGGAGCCGCAGUCGGAGGAGGGGGAGGAGGAAGAAGAAGAGAAGGAAGAGGAGAGGGGGCCGCGGUGGCGACUUGGAGCUCGGAAGCCGGGCUCAUGGACGGGUGAGGCGGCUGUGUGCGCAGACAGUGCUCCAGCCGCGCGCGCGCCCCAGGCCCUGGCCCGGGCCUCGGCUUCGGGAGGAAGAGGAGACCGCCUAGGCGCCGAAGAGAGCGGGCCGCCCCGCAGCCCGAGCCGGAGAGGGAGCGCGAGCCGCGCCGGCUCCGGCCGGGCCUCCGAAACCAUGAACUUUCUGCUCUCUUGGGUGCAUUGGAGCCUUGCCUUGCUGCUCUACCUCCACCAUGCCAAGUGGUCCCAGGCUGCACCCAUGGCAGAAGGAGAGCACAAACCCCACGAAGUGGUGAAGUUCAUGGAUGUCUACCAGCGCAGCUACUGCCGUCCCAUUGAGACCCUGGUGGACAUCUUCCAGGAGUACCCUGACGAGAUCGAGUACAUCUUCAAGCCAUCCUGUGUGCCCCUGAUGCGGUGUGGGGGCUGUUGUAAUGAUGAGGGCCUGGAGUGCGUGCCCACUGAGGAGUUCAACAUCACCAUGCAGAUUAUGCGGAUCAAACCUCAUCAAGGCCAGCACAUAGGGGAGAUGAGUUUCCUACAGCACAGCAAAUGUGAAUGCAGACCAAAGAAAGAUAGAGCAAGGCAAGAAAAAAAAUCAGUUCGAGGAAAGGGAAAGGGGCAAAAAAGAAAGCGCAAGAAAUCCCGGUAUAAACCCUGGAGCGUUCCCUGUGGGCCUUGCUCAGAGCGGAGAAAGCAUUUGUUUGUACAAGAUCCGCAGACGUGUAAAUGUUCCUGCAAAAACACAGACUCGCGUUGCAAGGCGAGGCAGCUUGAGUUAAACGAACGUACUUGCAGAUGUGACAAGCCCAGGCGGUGAGCCGGGCUGGAAGAAGGAGCCUCCCUCAGGGUUUCGGGAACCAGACCUCUCACCGGGAAAGCCUGAUUCAGAACGCUACAGAAACCACGCCGCCACCACCACCACACCAACCAUCGCCGUCACCAGAACAACCCUUAAUCCAGAAACCUGACAUGAAGGAAGAGGGACUCUGCGCAGAGCACUUUGGGUCCGGAGGGCGCGACUCCGGCAGAAGCAUUCCCGGGCAGGUGACCAAGCACGGUCCCUCUUGGAAUUGGAUCGCCAUUUUAUUUUCUUGCUGCUAAAUCACCGAGCCCGGAAGAUUAGAGAGUUUUAUUUCUGGGAUUCCUGUAGACACACCCACCCACAUACAUACAUUUAUAUAUAUAUAUAAUAUAUAUAUAUAUUAUAUAUAUAUAAAAAUAAAUAUAUAUAUUUUAUA